AUGACAAUUUUCGAACCCCACGGCCCCCCCUCAUGGCCACUCACCCCUCCUGUUUCAUCCGAUCCACCAGCACCAAAAGACGUCUCGUCAGUGGUAACAGCAAUCCAUGUGAUCUCAACAGAGCGAGCAGCCCUCGCCCACCUAGAGCACAUCUACCAGACAGACGCGCGAGCGCAACAUGAUCUCGCCCGGGCCGUGGAUCAGAUUGCGCGGAGCGUGCGCGAGGGUGGGAAACUGGUUGUUUGCGGGGUCGGGAAAAGUGGGAAGGUCGGACGCAAAAUAGAGGCUACGAUGAAUAGUCUGGGUGUAUACAGCGCGUUCCUGCAUCCGACUGAAGCCUUGCAUGGUGAUCUGGGAUUGGUUCGGCCGAAUGAUACUAUUCUUCUUAUAUCCUUCUCGGGGCGCUCGCCAGAACUACUAUCUCUGCUUCCGCAUAUUCCUGCUACCGUCCUGGUUAUCGCGCUUACUUCCCAUACACAUCCAGCGACAUGUCCGCUUCUCGCGCUGCAUGGUCCUGCCGGGAUGGGUAUUCUUUUGCCGGCUCCGAUUCAUGAGGAUGAAGAGGCUUCUUUCGGUGUGAGGGCGCCUACCUCGUCUACGACGGUGGCUUUGUCGCUCGGUGAUGCGCUGGCUAUUGCUACCGCACGGAAGCUGCAUACUGCGACAGGGAAGAGCCCUGCGGAGGUCUUUCGCGGGUUUCAUCCUGGUGGUGCCAUUGGAGCGGCGGCGGCUGAGACACCGCUGACUACACCGUCGAGUGGCAUGUCGACGAGGACAUUUGACUCUCCAACGUCGUCUGUCUCUCUUCCGUGGGAGGAAAUCGCGAAUAAUUCGUUGAUCCCUCCUUUCACUCUACAGUCACCACCAGAAAAGCGUAUCAUAUCUGGAGAUAUGCUGGUCCCGCUCGAUCAAAUCCCCACUGCCUCUGCAUCUUCAUCGCAGUCAUCCGGCGAUGUCCGACUUCUCGAUAUCCUUCUCACAGCCAUCCAGCAUCCCAAUGCCAAAUCAUGGGUGCUGUUGUCUCCGUCUGAAAUAAUCCCUCCGCGGCGCAUUCGUGCUCUCAUCUCUCCUGGUGGAGAUAUGGACAUGCGUGUGUCGGAGGUUAUAGCCAAGAACACCGGUACUCCAUUCGUUAUACCUCAAGAUAAAUGGCUGCUGGUGCCAGACUCAACCCCACUCACUGAAAUUCGGCGUUCUGUGUGUGAAUCUCGAAAUAGAUCUGACCCAAUCUCUGUCAUUGCCGUCGUGAAGGAUCUGGCCUCUCCCAGCAGUAUCAUAGGGGUGAUGGAGGCAGAGGAUCUAUUGGAUGGAUGA